UCGUCGGACGCUGGGCCCAAGGGAUCGCCAGGCGUGGUCUCGGCCAAGACGACAUAUGUGACGACGACACCGACGCCUACUCCGACGCCGACGCCGACGCCGGCGGGCAACCGCACCUGCGGCGCGCCCGAGUACAAUACUGACUUUUACGGCAACGACAUCUCCAACUUUCCCACGUCUGGCUCGGUCAACGACAUGUUCAAGCAGUGCUGCGACGGUUGCAAGGCCAAGCCCAGCUGCGGCGCGUACACGCUCUUCGGCCAGGUCUGCUACCUCAAGACCGCUGCUGGCAACCGCACAUGGGUCCACGGUGCCACGUCCGCGGUCGUAUCGGCGACGUCGGUCACGCCGACGCCGACACCGUCGCGGGUGAUUGUCCGCGAGUGCUUUGGCGUCAAGUACAACACCGACUACCCUGGCAACGACAUGGUCAACUUUAAGGCGACGGGCGACUUCAACACGAUGCGCGGCCAGUGCUGUGAUGCGUGCAAGAAGCUGCUGGACUGCAACGCGUACGUGCUCUUUGAAGAUUUCUGCUACCUCAAGUCGGCGUCCACCAACCCGGUGGCCAAGAACGGCGCGACGGCAACCAUCGUCACGACGACGACGAUCCCGGCCUAA